ACCAAGUUAGGAAAAAAAGUAUCAUUAAAAAGAGAGAUCAUAAAACUCUCAGCGAAAAUGAUAUGUACAAAAGUUUUGAUGAUGAUAAUGGCAAUAUGGGUCGUGCCCAUGAUUUACGGUGAUGUAGCCGAACCACGCAGUGGUGGUGGAACCAAAGAACUCGACACUGCUUGGUAUGACGCACGAGCCACAUUUUAUGGUGACAUUCAUGGUGGAGGCACUCAAGACGGAGCUUGUGGAUACGGUGACCCAAACAAAGAAGGCUACGGUUUAGCCACGACGGCGUUGAGCACGGCGCUCUUUAACGACGGGUACACGUGUGGUGCUUGUUAUGAGAUCAUGUGCGCUCGUGAUUCACAAUGGUGUUUGCCCGGGUCGAUCAAUAUCACAGCUACAAAUUUUUGUCCACCAAGUUACUCUAAGACCCAAGACCAGUCGUGCAACCCACCAAACAAACACUUUGAACUCUCCCAACCAAUGUUCCUCAAGAUCGCAAAAGACAAAGCCAAGAAUGUCCCGCUUAGAUACAGACGUGUUCCUUGUGCGAAAACCGGUGGUGUCAAGUUCGAAACCAAAAGAGGCCCACAGAAUCACUUAACGAUCUUGCCUUACAAUGUUGGCGGGGCCGGAGAUAUUAAGGCCGUGGAGGUUAAAGGAAGUAAGACCGGAUGGAUACCGAUGACGAAGAUUUUUGGACAGAUUUGGACCAGUAAAGUCGUGUUAACCGGUCAAGGUAUAUCGUUGAGGAUUAUGACAAGUGAUGGGGUUAGUAAAGAUUUUAUUAAUGUGAUACCACCGAAUUGGGGAUUUGGACAGACUUUUGAUGGAAAGAUUAACUUCUAA